AAUAAAAAACCGCCACUGAAUCCCAUCCCAAGUCGAAGGUCAGUGACAAGAGAAAGUUCGCCUAUCCUUCAAAAGUUUAUUUUAUCUGUUCAUUUAUUAUUUGUUACCUCUAAAACAAUGUGAAGAUGCAGCAAAUAAAGCAUAAAAUAUGUGUGCAUGUUGUAGAAGCCAGCGGUCUCCCGAUCAUUCCCGAAGGAUAUAUACUUGCUGCAUCUGUUGGGGAUACUCACUUGAAUACAGAUUCCUUCAAUGGAAAAGGGAAUUCCUGCACAAUUGACACAAAACUUGUGUGGGAAGCUUCAAAACAAGAUAUUUCCAAAUUGAAAUCCAGGAACAUACCGAUUAAAAUACAGUGCCUGCGGAGAGCGAGGAAGAAAGAUAAUCAAAAAUGUGUGGGAAAUCUUUUAUUUUCUAUCCGGAACAUUCCUUUUGUCCCCCAAGAGAAAAUCGAAGAAAUCACUGCACAUUGGUACAAAAUGACCAAGACCUCAAGUGGCUUUACGAAGGGGAAUAUUGAAAUACUCAUGGCAAUAGCAAUCACCAAAGAUGCCUGCGGAACGCCAGAGGAUGGCUUUUCCGACGACGAUAGCAGCGUACGGAAAUAUCUCUCACAGAGGGAUUCUGGACGGGACUUGAAAGGUCAGAUCUAUCAGGAAUUAUUGGAGUUGGAGCACUGGAAGAGGAAGCAAAAAAAUGAGUUUCUCUGCAAUUUGAAGCAGAAGGAGGAAGUGCUACUGAAUCAUCUUUCUAAUCAAUGGAGCAAUCAACGCAGUGAGGAAUCUGAUAAAUUAGCACAAAAUCUCAGGGACUGUGUGGAAUUGAAAGAGUCCCUGGAGAGCGAGCACAAGACUCUCAGGGAAUUGAUGGCCAAAAGUGAAAGGUGCAAAUGUCGGCAACAGUCGCAGAGAGAGGAAUCUUCCAAGCAGAUCUUGCUGGAAAAUGAGUUACUUCGUAAGGAAAACAAAGCCUUAAAGGACAAACUUGAAAAUGAAUCUUCGUUGAAAGAAGAAAUUCAAUUACUGACUAAAGAAUUGAGAAAUGUUGCAAAUGUUCUCAGGGAUUGUGACAAAUCAAAGACACUCUAUAAGGAGGAACUGGCCAAAAUUCAUGACAUUCUGAAGGAUAUUUGCCUCAACAGAACUGAAUCGAGAAGAAAAACUUUGGAUUUGCAGAACAUCUUGCAGAAAGAAUACCGGGAAAUGGUUGAGGAGAGACGAGAAAUUGAAUCAGUCAAACAAUCACUCUAUUUCUAACUUAAAACUUGCCACAUUGUUAAAAAAAAAUUAUAUAACCAACUUUUUCACUUUUGCAUUUACUACAAUAAAUAAAAUCAUUUAUUAAAAAGAAAA